CUGGGCGUUGAGGAAGCUGUGGCCACUUUCAGGGAGGGCAGCUGGGUGCAUGGUAUUAAGAAAGAGGGGAACAGAAGUAAGAAGUUAGCGACUAAUCUAACUUUGGAGAGGACUGAGAUCAACACAGCAGCACUACAGGGUUCCUGUACCAGACAAGAUGAAUAAAGGCUCUACUGUUUCUAAUGGCGCUGUUAGCCCGGCGCGUGUCAGUGGCAGCCAUGCUGCGUGUGGCCAGAUGAGCGAGGAAGUGUCUAAUGCGAAUCAUGCGAGCCACAGAACAGAGAACGGAGACUGCGAGGCCACACAAAGGCCGAGACCAGCCAUAAGACACAGCAGCCAGGAGACCAGAGAGGGCCCUUCGUCACCGGUCUCCAUCUCCAGUGUGACCCCCAGUGCUCCUCAGCGACGGUGGUCAGCGGACUUCAGUAAGUCAGGGACCCCGCCUGUCAUCAUUGUGAGGAAGAAGAAGAAGGAGCCACAGCCUCCUCAGCGGGGAGUGUCUCUUCUCGCACCUCACACAGCAUCCGAAAGGUCAUUCAAACGUUACUCCUGCCCCCCCGUCGGAAUCUUUAGCUCACCGAGCCGGUCCUCAUCGUCGUCCUCCUCCUCCUCCACCUCCUCCUCCUGCUCCUCUCCUCCUACCAUGCAGACUUCUGUAAUCACCGGCCGUGACCCUCUUGGCUGGAGGUUGCGCCCCAAGUCCCGCUCCACCUCGCCCUGGGCUCGAACCAACAGGCUGUCUCUGCAGAUUCCACUCCCUGUCGUCUUUCCCGACCCCAAAUCCGGUCCUGGCUCGACCUCUAAAUCAGAUAACACUUUCAAUCAAGACCCUUGCCCUAAAACCAAACCCCCUGUCAGACCCAAACCAUCCCGUCGGCACUCAGACUCCUCAGCCUUCCUCGGGUCUCUGGUGAGCCCUCUGCCCGCGAUGACACUCCAGGAGCUCUGUGCCGUGAAUCUCCGCCCAGCUACCGGGUCAGACGAAUCCGAUGACGUCUUCGGUGAGGCGAACGGAGAACAGGCGGAGGUCGCCGCACAGAGAAGCAAAAAUCGACCACCACCCGUUCCAGAAAAAACCUCCAUGGCCCGAGCGAUUGCACAACUGAUUGCUCACUCACCUCAACGCUGUACGUCUGUCACCACUAAAUCUACAGAAGGCGACACUAGCACCAGAGUGAUGAAGCCGAAACAUUCACAUCAGGCCGAGGACUACAGCGACCAGCGUGCUCCAAAAUCGACGGGGCUGCGUCUGGAUACCAGGACCUCUCCGCGCUUCCCCCGCCGAGAAAUCUGAGAGAGGGUUUCUCAGAUCCUUCGGCCUCCAACACUGGCAGGCUGUGUGGGGGAUAUCACAGAUGCCGUGCAUGUUCAUCCCUGAGGAUGGGACGCCAGGGACCACCACCCCCCCCACCAAGCAAAAGAGUGUUGUUGAGUGUUUUGGUGUUGUGUUGUUUCCACGCUGUAAAUGUGUGCCGACUCCUCCCUGUUGUGCAAAUGUGACUUAGCUCUUCCUGUCCAUCACAAACAAGAAGUGCAGCUGUAAGUGGACGUGGGCUACAAAACCCCACAGGUGGAGUAAUUCCCGCUGACUGCUGAUGGAGCACGAAAUCAUGAAACACGAAAUUUCCCUUUAAGUUACUGGCACAUAUUUUGCCCGCAGCGUGUAUGAAAUGUGCCUCGUUUGUCUUGACGACAGCCCGUUACUUACUGUAGAAGACAUGGUAUUUUUUGUAGAAAAAUAUAAAUAGGAGCUAUCAUUCAAGAAAUGUGAACCUAUUAAGUAAAUUUAUAGUUGAUAAGUUAUCAACCGGAAAUAAACUAGUGAUCACUCUUUUUUGGGGGGUUCAUUAUUAAAUAAAUACAAAAUUAUUGGAGCCA